ACUUAUCGCUCUAGUAUAAAUGACAUACGUCUCCAGUUCGAUCUCGCAUGUCAAUGCUGACAGAUCCGACGUAAUCAAGAAAUUCUAUAUUUAAUAUUAAGAAAGUAGUUAAAUAGCCGCCGCUUAACCAUCAUGGAUGAGGAAUACGUCUUUCUUUCCGAGUUAGAGCUAUUAAACAUUGCCAGCGCAAUAAUUGAGUGGUUAAAGGAAAGUAACUGUGAUCAUGAUCUCAUGAAUGAUCAUUUUACUGAAGCGAAUACAAGAAAUUCAGAAUAUUGCACUAGUGCCUCUGACUCGUUAAUCGUACAAAACGAAUCGUGCGAUAAAAAUACACUUGAUGGCGAAGAAAAUGCUGUAAAUUUAAACGAGACCUUGGAUUCUCAAAGUGACGAAUGUUUUGGCUACGGCGAGAACCAGGUUAAUAAUGAUGCGAAUAUAGCGGAUCCUAAUCACGCGUUGACUUCGUCCCCGAAAGAUGAUUUGAUGAUAUCAAAUAACAAUAAUUUUACAGAUCAGUAUGAUAGUGAGAAGCAAUACAACGGCUAUAAUAAUACUAAAGCGACUAGUCUUCCUACUAUUGUAAGGCAUCCUAUUUCACCGACUGUUUUCUCCACAGAUGAAUUUGAUUCAAACAAAGAAAAUUAUUACAAUGAUUCACAAGUCCAAAGUAAGGCGGGUGAGCGAUUCGCGAAGCGGCAACCUUGGAAUAGAUUUCGGCCGUGGUCACAAGAUAAGAUUCCCAAUAAAAAUAUCGAAGCGAAAGCUAUCGAUCAAAAAGACAUUAAUAAACUCAUCACCAUCUCCUAUGCCAAUCGCUGUACGAGAAGUCCCUGAAAUAUCAUCUAUCAGAAGAAUCGUGGGAUUGUCCGAUUUGCAAAACCGAGCGAAAACUUUCUUGUCCAAUAUACAAAAAACAGUAUAAAAACUAUAGAUUUUCGAGACUUUAUUCAAAAUACAGAUGCAAUGCCAAUAGAAAGUACAAAUAUUUGCAGUGCACUAGCUUUAUCGUACAUAAUAUAAAAUGUCUAUAUAAAUCGCCAUAUAAGACGCGGACCGCCAAAGGUCAUAGUCACCCUUUGCUUUAGUAUGACUGAUCAAAUUCGACCGAGCAUUUGAUCUAUAUUUAUUUUUUAAGUUGAACCUUCGAUCGUUGUGUAUAUAUCGUUGGCUUUUGUGCUAUAUAAAAUAUGAUUAAUAUUUUAUAUCUGUUAUAUUUUUAAAUUGUUAACUGCGAAAACUAAGACUAAUGUAUUUGACUUAUUUCAACGUGAGUAAAAAUAAAGAAUUAGAAAAUAA